AAGCAAGGCGAUGAUGCCGUAGAAGGGCUCCCUAUCCUCCGCCUCAGAAUUUUGGCAGUGGAAACUCUUGCAAAGAUUUUCCACUUCGCGUGUUUCGUGAACAUUGUUUGCAGCGACAGAAAAUCUUGAGAGUACAAUUUCUCCGUCGACAGUUUGCGCUAGUAAGAUGGCACUGUGGAGAGUAAUUUCUGCUGCUGCCAUCUUCGGAAGUCUCGUCGAUGCGAUACCUACAAUUACAUUUCCGUUCAACUCACAAGUCCCACCUGUCGCUCGAGUAUCAGAACCAUUUCUAUACACGUUCUCGACCUCGACGUUCUUCUCCCAAUUACCUCUCACCUAUUCUCUUACCGAUGCGCCCAGCUGGUUAUCUUUGAAUAAUGAUACUCGAACGUUGGAAGGCACUCCAACUAGCGAUACAUUGGGGACGGCAGAACUACUUGGCGUGUCAUUUAGCCUGACUGCCAGCGAUGCGUCUGGGUCAACUACACUUAAUGCGACACUCGUGGUCUCUAGGAAUCCAGCUCCCAACAUUACGAUUCCUCUCUCUACACAGCUCUCAUCAUUUGGUAUUUUCUCUCAGCCCUCAACUCUUCUCUACCAUCCAUCAAUACCAUUCAAAAUCAGCUUUGACUCGGAGACUUUUUCGUUCAGCGGUAGAAAUUAUAGUAAAUUCUACUAUGCCAUUACCGUAGACAACACACCACUGCCAGCAUGGAUCACUUUCGACGAGAACACACUUUCGUUCAGCGGCCAGACCCCCGAUUACUACUCGCUCGUCGAGCCCCCUCAAACAUUUGGCAUACAGCUUGUUGCGUCCGAUGUCGAAGGUUUUUCCGGGACAUCGAUAGAUUUCGACAUUGAGGUUGGGGUGCAUUUGUUUGCUUUUGACAACCAAACGAUAUUGAUCAGCGCGACAGACGGCGAUACUGUUGAUUUCGGUGGACUCUCGGGAAGUUUACAACUAGAUGGGCAAUCUGCCAGCAUAGCAGACAUUUCAUCCAUUACAGCUCAAGUUCCAUCUUGGAUGACCUUUGAUAACACAACCCUUGCUCUCAAUGGCAUUGUUCCUGCUGGUGCAGCUUCGGUCAACAUAACCAUCCAAGCUAAGGAUAUAUAUGAGGACACAGCAACGGCAUUUGUGUAUGUCAACGUCAGUGGCAGCACAAACUUCACAUCUCACAUUUUCAAUCGGUUGAUAGGCGAACUGAAUGCUACGAUUGGUUUUAGCUUCUCCUACGAUCUGGGAAGAUAUCUUAAUAAUAGAUCAGACACGAUAAUGGUUGCGCAUUUCUCAUCUCCUGCAUCUUGGUUAUCGUUCGAUCCACAAUCAUUCGUCUUCGCUGGGCAGGUCCCCUCGAAUGUCCAGCCAUCUGUAAGUCUUGUCACGUUGAACGUGACCUCGAAGACCCAACAUGUUACGGAUUCGCAAUCCUUUGUACUUUCGAUUGCUCAAAGGCUACCAAGUCCAUCUCCGGAAACUCCGACAACAAUACCCACCGCUCCCGCCUCCAUUGCCGACUCUCAUCACCAUCUGAGUACGAACGCUAUUCUGGCAAUUAGCAUUCCUACAGGGCUAUUAGUCAUGGCUUUGCUUCUUGCCGUCAUCUGCUGCUGCCACAGGCGACACGCUGCGCGGAGAAUCAAGGACAGUCCGAGCAAAAGUGAUAUCUCGUCUCCGACGGGUGGGAGACAAAGUAUGGCACAAAUAAUACGUCCAGGGCGACUUAAUCCACCUGAACCUUUACGUUUGGACACCUCUGGGUUUGCUAGCCAAACAACCGUGGAUCCAGAACAUGCGAGGACAGACAGAGUCUCAAAAAAGUUCUCCACAAACUUGGAGUUGAGAAGAUCCCAAAGCUUAAUGGCUGUUUCCGAGAAUCCUUUAUCACCACUUCAAGAAUCAGAAAGCUCCGGGAACAGAGCGCGAGCGGUCUCGGAUAAUAGACUCUCAAGGUCGGACCCGAGCUGGAGGUCAACACAGGGCAGCGCAUACCCAACUCUGAGGUCGUCGGGGACGAGCUCGGCGAGGACACAGAGAUUGUCUCGAAACUACUCGAACUAUUCCCGUAAAGGUCAUACUAGGCGUUCGGCCAUGGUUUUCUCGGGAAAUCCACCUCGCCCAGUGAUGGAAAGUGUUGUCUACUCCAAAACUAGGGAAGAGUCUAUCUUGGGUCUGCAGGACAUCGAUUUCUCUUCAACACCACUAGAUGAUUUCUCCAUGCUGGCAAGACACACGGCUGUUCAAGACACGCCUCAAACCUACGCCAGAAAGACGACUGCCUCUCAGAGAAGUUCAAGACGGCGUUCAAAGUUUAUGUCGUCCUCUGGUAGACCACUAAGCGGGCUUGGACACGGGGCUCGACCAUCUAAUUCUUCCAUACCUGGGCUUAAUGAAAGACGGCGUAGUGUUGGCCACGGACAGGAUGAGGUCGACGGACAGGGACUUCCCCGUGACUCGAGAACUUGGCUAACUGUAGGGACUACCGAUAUGUCUGAACGAAACCGCCGCAGCAACACAAGUGCUCUGUCAGAAUACUCCGACUCAAGACAAGACGACGCCAAUGUUGAUCCUAGAAUUAGAGCUGUGACCAAGAGUCCAGCCGAACCAGUCUCUACGACUACUUCCAGACGCCCGCGGCCUCUCAGUAGAAGAGUUGGGUCGUCGCCAUUCUUUGCUGGCUCCUCGUCCAGAAAUUCGAGAAGGUCGCCAAAGAAGUCGAGAACAUCUUACGCAGACUCACCAACUGUUCCAGAAGAGGCUACUAUGGCCAAUAACUUGCCGAGGCUGGUUCAUCCGGUUAUAGACGAGUUACCUCGAGACUCCUUUGGAAUAUCUUAUGGCCUCGCUCGUGAAGGAACGAGGCAACUAAGAUCGUAUAUUCAGAGUCAACUUGCUGGAGCUAAAUCUAGGCGUAGUCUGAGAUCCACGGAAUCAAGGGAUAGUCGUUUUGAAUCUGCGGCUGGCUCCAUGUUGUCGUUGCCACAAUCUCGAACCCAGCAUUCACCCGAAAGACCAACUGGCGAUGACAGCUACGAAGAUUUCUUACGAGAUGGAUUCUCAGAAGAGAGCUGGGAAACGCAGGGCAGUCUCCAUAACAGCCAAGAAAAUGUGGUCCUGUUUGAUGCUGAAGACUCUGCAAACAUGAUUUCGGAAGCAAUGCAAGCGAGAACAGAUAUUGAAUCAGCGUUGAGACCCGGGACUUCAGCAUCCAACCCAGUCUCUCAAAGACCGGGCUCGAGCUCCGGCAUCAGAUUUAUGAUGGGUGCCGCUAGAAGACCACUGAGCGUUGAUGCGUCAGCAAAUAACAGGACGAGUAGAGCCACUAGAGCUGUGGUGGACAGGGGAAAUUUGAUGGACUAUACGGCCUAUAUCUGAGCGAGGGCCUAGAGGACAACGGGGCUUUGUUAUAUUUCUUUGAUAUAGAUAGGAAAGUGAUCAUGUAAAGCAAUGCGAGCACAUACAGUCUCUUUUCACCUGGUAUGAGCUUUGCUG